UUCUGUGCCAGCCUCACGGAAAUGAAGCUGCCCGGCCAGGAGGGGUUUGAAGCUUCCAGUGCUCCUACAAAUGUUUCUGCAGGGGAGCUGGACAGUGACCUUGGUCCCAGCCACAGCCCCAGCCCUGAUGGCCCCUCAGACACAGAGAGCAAGGAACUGGGGGUACCCAAAGACCCUCUGCUCUUCAUCCAGCUGAAUGAGCUACUGGGCUGGCCCCAGGCAUUGGAGUGGAGAGAGACAGGCAGCUCCUCUGCAUCCCGGCUCCUGGACAUGGGAGAAAUGCCCCCAAUAACACUGUCUACCCACCCCCAUUGCAGGUGGGUACUGUUUGAGGAGAAAUUGGAAGUGGCUGCAGGCCGGUGGAGUGCCCCCCACGUGCCUACCCUGGCACUGCCCAGCCUCCAGAAGCUCCGCAACCUGCUGGCCGAGGGUCUUGUACUGCUGGACUGCCCAGCUCAGAGCCUCCUGGAGCUCGUGGAGCAGGUGACCAGGGUGGAGUCGCUGAGCCCAGAGCUGAGAGGACAGUUGCAGGCCUUGCUGCUGCAGAGACCCCAGCACUACAACCAGACCACAGGCACCAGGCCCUGCUGGGGCUCUACUCAUCCAGGAAAGGCUUCUGACGAGGAGGAAGCCCCCCUGAGGGAACAGCGUCAGAACCCUCUGAGACAGAAGCUGCCUCCAGGGGCUGAGGCAGGGACUGUGCUGGCAGGGGAGCUGGGCUUCCUAGAGCAGCCACUGGGAGCCUUUGUUCGACUGCGGGACCCUGUGGUAUUGGGGUCCCUUACCGAGGUGUCCCUCCCAAGCAGGUUUUUCUGCCUUCUCCUGGGCCCCCCUAUGCUGGGAAAAGGCUACCAUGAAAUGGCCCGGGCAGCAGCUGUCCUCCUCAGUGACCCGCAAUUCCAGUGGUCAGUUCGUCGAGCCAGCAACCUUCAUGACGUUCUGACAGCCCUAGAUGCCUUCCUAGAGGAGGUGACAGUGCUUCCCCCAGGUCGGUGGGACCCAACAGCCCGGAUUCCCCCGCCCAAAUGUCUGCCAUCUCAGUACAAAAGGCUUCCCCCGCAACAGCGAGAGAUCAAAGGUCCGGAAGCCCCGUGCCUGACCUCGGCUGAGGACCGGCACCGCCUUGACCCGCACGCCCCCAGCCCUGAGUUGCAGCGGACUGGCAGGCUGUUUGGGGGCCUUAUUCAGGACGUGCGCAGGAAGGCUCCGUGGUACCCCAGCGAUUUCUUGGACGCCCUGCAUCUCCAGUGCUUCUCAGCUGUACUCUACAUUUACCUGGCCACUGUCACUAAUGCCAUUACUUUCGGGGGUUUGCUGGGAGAUGCCACUGAUGGUGCCCAGGGAGUGAUGGAAAGUUUCCUGGGCACAGCAGUAGCUGGAGCUGCCUUCUGCCUGAUGGCAGGCCAGCCCCUCACCAUCCUGAGCAGCACCGGGCCAGUGCUGGUCUUUGAGCGCCUGCUCUUCUCUUUCAGCAGAGAUUACAGCCUGGACUACCUGCCCUUCCGCCUAUGGGUGGGCAUCUGGGUGGCUACCUUUUGCCUGGUGCUGGUGGCCACAGAGGCCAGCGUGCUGGUACGCUACUUCACCCGCUUCACUGAGGAAGGUUUCUGUGCCCUCAUCAGCCUCAUCUUCAUUUAUGAUGCUGUGGGCAAAAUGCUGAACUUGACCCAUACCUAUCCUAUCCAGAAGCCUGGAUCCUCUGCCUAUGGGUGCCUCUGCCAAUACCCAGGCCCAGGAGGAAAUGAGUCUCAAUGGACAAGGACAAGGCCAAAAGACAGAGAUGACAUCUUAAGCAUGGACCUAGGCCUGAUCAAUGCGUCCUUGCUGCCGCCACCUGAGUGCAUACGGCAGGGAGGCCACCCUCGUGGCCCUGGCUGUCAUACAGUCCCAGACAUUGCCUUCUUCUCCCUCCUCCUCUUCCUUACUUCCUUCUUCUUUGCUAUGGCCCUCAAGUGUGUAAAGACCAGCCGCUUCUUCCCCUCUGUGGUACGCAGAGGGCUCAGCGACUUCUCCUCCGUCCUGGCCAUCCUGCUGGGCUGUGGCCUUGAUGCUUUCCUGGGCCUAGCCACACCAAAGCUCAUGGUGCCCAGAGAGUUCAAGCCCACACUCCCUGGGCGUGGCUGGCUGGUGUCACCUUUUGGAGCCAACCACUGGUGGUGGAGUGUGGCAGCUGCCCUGCCUGCCCUACUGCUGUCUAUCCUCAUCUUCAUGGACCAGCAGAUCACAGCAGUCAUCCUCAACCGCGUAGAAUACAGACUGAAGAAGGGAGCUGGCUUCCACCUGGACCUCUUCUGUGUGGCUAUGCUGAUGUUACUCACAUCAGCGCUUGGACUGCCUUGGUAUGUCUCAGCCACUGUCAUCUCCUUGGCUCACAUGGACAGUCUUCGGAGAGAGAGCAGAGCCUGUGCUCCCGGGGAGCUCCCCAACUUCCUGGGUAUCAGGGAGCAGAGGCUGACAGGCCUGGUGGUGUUCAUCCUUACAGGAGUCUCCAUCUUCCUGGCACCUGUGCUCAAGUUCGUCCCAAUGCCUGUGCUCUAUGGCAUCUUCCUGUACAUGGGGGUGGCAGCACUUAGCAGCAUUCAGUUCACUAAGAGAGUAAAGCUGUUGUUGAUGCCAGCAAAACACCAGCCAGACCUGCUACUCUUACGGCAUGUGCCUCUGACCAGGGUCCACCUCUUCACAGCCAUCCAGCUGGCCUGUCUGGGGUUGCUUUGGAUAAUCAAGUCUACCCCUGCAGCCAUCAUCUUCCCCCUCAUGUUGUUGGGCCUUGUGGGGGUCCGAAAGGCCCUGGAGAGGGUCUUCUCACCACAGGAACUCCUCUGGCUGGAUGAGCUGAUGCCAGAGGAGGAAAGAAGCAUCCCUGAGAAGGGACUGGAGUCAGAGCACUCGUUCAGUGGAAAUGACAGUGAAGAUUCAGAGCUGAUGUAUCGGCCAAAGGCUCCAGAAAUCAACAUUUCCGUGAAUUAGCUGGAGUAGGAGUCUGGGAGUGGAGACCCCAGGAAACAGCAUGAGGGAGCAAGCCAGAACAAGAUGAAGGGGAAACAUUCUAAGCAGAGGCCACAGCAUGUACAAAAGCCUGGAACUGGUUGCCCUUAAUAAGCUGAACUCUCUUUUGGGGCUGGGUACAGUGGCUCAUGCCUGUAAUCCCAGCACUUUGAGAGGUGGAUGUGGGCAGAGUAUCCGAGGUCAGGAGUUUGAAACCAGCCUGCCCAACAUAGUGAAACCCCCUUUCUACUAAAAAUACAAGAAUUAGCUGGGCAUGGUGGUACAUGCCUGUAAGAGGCUGAGGCAGGAGAAUCACUUGAACUGGGGAGGGAGAGGUUUGGAGGUUGCAGUGAGCUGAGAUUGCACCACUGCACUCCAGCCUGGGCGACAGAGAAACUCCGUCUCAAAACAAAAACAAAACCAAAAAUGAGGCUGGGCAUGGUGGCUCAUGCCUGUAAUCUCAGCACUUUGGGAGGCCGAGGCGGGCAGAUCACGAGGUCAGGAGAUAGAGACAAUCCUAGCUAACACGGUGAAACCCUGUCUCUACAAAAAAUUAGCAGGGCAUGGUGGCAUGCGCCUAUAGUCCCAGCCACUCAGGAGGCUGAGGCCAGAGAAUUGUUUGAAUCCGGGAGGCGGAGGUUGCAGUGAGCUGAGAUUGUGCCACUGCACUCCAACCUUGGCCACAGAGCGAGACUCUAUCUCAAAAAAAAAAAAACAGCAAUUACAACAAAAACAAACUCUCUUUUGGGCCAUAGAACACCCUCCUCUUCAUGCUUCUCCAAGCCCGAGUCUAAAAGCCUCUGACACUAAGAGCAAUGGGAAAUUUGGGGGACUGGAGAGAGAAAGGGGAAUUCACUGGCUGGCCCUAAACAAGAUUUCCUGGGCUUUCCUUAUCUCUUAUCACUCUUUUUGCUCUGUUCUUUGCAGUAGUAUGUCCCAUGAGCACUUGUUUUGGCCUCACCGUGUCUUCUCUCAGUUCACAGGAGCUUACUCACGAAGUCAGGGCAUUGCUGGCCUUUGGUUUAACUUCCAGAUGCUCAGUUGGUUUGGGGCAGGACUGAAGGGCAGCUGCCAAGACCUCAGUUACCUCCUGACCUGAGGGUGGAGAGUGGCCGGAAGCAAGCAUGUUUGCUGUGUGCUUAGGAAAGGCUGGUGAGCCAGAAGGACGGAUCAGGUCCUAUACACUCUCUACUCAUUAAAAGGUCCUGAGCCACGAAGUGUUUCCCAUUUUGAACUUUCUGUCCUCACAGAUUCUCUUUUACAGAAUUUAAGGACUAUCAGGGAACUCUUUUCAGCUUGCAAACAGAAAAAGACAGUCUUUCCAGAAUAAUUAUUCUUCUGUUUGAAAUUGUUUUUUACACAUAUUGGGAGGCUGAGGUGGGAGUAUUGCUUGAGCCCAGGAGUUGGAGAGCAGCAUGAACAACAUAGUGAAACCUCGUUUUCACACAAAAACAAUAACAAAAAAAAUUAGCUAGGUGUGGUGGUGCACACCUGUGGUCCCAGCUACUCAGGAAGCCAAGGCAGGAGGAUCGCUUGAGCCUGGAGGAUUGCUUGAGCCCAGGAGGUUGAGGCUGUGGUGAGCCAUGAUCAUGCCACUGCACUCCAGACUCAGCAACAGAGCAAGAACCUGUCUCCAAAAAAAAAUUUUUUUUUUUAAAAAGAAGCAAGACAUACUGCAGUAAUUUCCAAAAAAAAAAGAAGCAAGACAAAAAAAAUAUUGGGCCAGGCAUGGUGGAGUUUACACCUGUAAUCCCAGCACUUUGGGAGGCCAAGGCGGGCAGAUCACAUGAGGUCAGGAGUUUGAGACCAGCCUGGCCAACAUGGCGAAAACCCAUAUCUACUAAAAAUACAAAUAUUAGCUGGGCAUGGUGGCAUGUGCCUGUGAUGCCAGCUACUCGGGAAGCUGAGACAGGAGUAUCGCUUGAACCAGGAGACAGAAGUUGCAGUGAGCCAAGAUCAUACCACUGCACUCCAGCCUGAGUGACAGAGUAAGACUCUAUCUCCAAAAAAAAUAAAUAAAAACUAAAAAAUAAUGUUGAUGCAUGUAGUUGUAGUUUGUUUUCAUUGCUAAGAAGCACUCCAUUGUAUAAUUCUACCACAGUUCAAUUAUCCAGUUUUCUAUUGACUCAAAUAAUUCACCGGUGAAGCCAUUGGGGCCUGGAGGUUGCUUUGCGGAAAGUUUAAGUUGGUUCAAAUUCUUUAAUUUUUCAGGCUGUUUAUUUCUUCUUCAGCCAUUUUUGGUGAAUUGUAUUUUUCUGGGAAUCUAUUCAUUUUAUCUAAUUUUUCAUAUUUAUUGACAAAAAGUUAUUAUAACU